CAUUGACGCAUGCCAUGGCCCUGCUCCAAGAUGAUCUAGGGUAGAGUGGGUACUGCGGGGAAGAUGUCAUGUUCUCUUCGGAAAGUAGUGUGAUUUGAGCUUCGAGAUAAGGAGGUAUAUUUGCUCCUUUGCUUGUCUCUUUCCUAAGAGUUCUUUCCAUCAUACAGGCUAUCGGAUCCUCCGCGAUCUUCGUCUCCAACCACCAAUAUCUAUUUAUUAGCUUCCUCAGACACGACAACAGCACAAUGUCCUCCGCAGAGGAAAAGAAAGAUGAGAGCCCUUCGAGAGUGCAUAUCGCAGACGUCGAAAAGGUCAGCACCGCCUGGAACGAGCCUAUCGAUAUCCCGCCAGAGCUCGACAAACGCAUCACUCGAAAGCUCGAUAUCCGAAUAAUGCCUUGGCUCUUCGGUCUCUGGCUUCUAGCCUUCAUCGACAGGAGCAAUAUCGGCAACGCUCGGAUCGAUGGCCUAGCCGAAGACCUGAAGCUUGAUUCGAACAAAUUCAACAUCGCCUUGACGGUGUUCUAUGUGCCGUACAUCUGCUAUGAUGUACCAAGCAAUCUCGUCAUCAAGUACUUCCGGGCCGGAUAUUACUUGCCGACGCUGCUCAUCCUGUGGGGAAUAGUAUCCUUGUGUAUUGGGUUUGUUAAGAGCUAUGAAGGUCUUCUGGCUGCUCGAUUCUUCUUAGGGCUAACGGAAGGUGGACUUCUUGGAGGUAUGUUGGUGUACCUUGCCAUGUUCUAUCGCCGGCACCAGCUUCUAUAUCGUAUCACGCUCUUCUAUUGCGCAGCGCCGCUCAGUGGCGCAUUUGGUGGGCUACUCGCGACUGGUCUUGCAGAGAUACAUACCGAUGGGUAUAAUGGCUGGCCUUUCAUCUUCUUUGUUGAAGGCGCAAUAACCAUUGUCUUCGGCAUCGUUGUCCUCUUCAUGCUCCCACAUACGCCAUCCGAUGUGAAGUUCUUCACGCCCGAAGAACACUCCGCCCUGCUAGCACGAAUGCGCCUCGACGCCCAUGGCUCCAAUCCCACAUCCUCGGUCGACCAGGAGAAGUUCUCAUGGUAUUGGGUACACCGCGCGUUGCUCAACGUAAACACUAUCGUUCUCUCACUCAACUUCUUUGCCAUCAUCACACCUAUCUACUCUUUCUCGCUCUUUCUACCAACUAUCAUCAAGUCACUUGGAUAUGCCAAAGUCACGGCCCAACUCUUCACCGUUCCGCCGAAUAUGAGCGCCUUCUUUACGGUCCUAUUCAUAGGAUGGCUAUCGGAUAGGUGGCAGAUGCGGGGCCCACUCAUGCUUGUGGGCUGCGUGGUCGCGAUUGUUGGAUACAUCAUGCUCAUCGCCUCAACACGAAGCUCAGUACAAUACGGCGGUACCUUUUUGGUAGCCGCGGGCAUUUUCCCGUGUUCUCCUCUUGUCAUGGGCUGGUUGACGAAUAACCUUGCGCCACACUACGUUCGAGCUACCGGAACCGGUUUCCAGAUUAUGAUUGCGAAUAUGGCGGCUUUCAUUGCGACGUUUACGUACCUGCAGGAAGAUGCUCCGAGAUAUAUCACAGGGCAUGCCAUCAAUAUUGGCAUGCUUGGUCUUGCGCUUGUUCUGACGACGAUCAAUAUCUUCUACUGCCAAUGGGAGAAUAAGAAGAGAGCUAGCGGGGAGAGGGAUUACAGGCUCAGGGAAGAGGAUGAAGAGAGGCUGGGAUAUCGGCAUCCGCAUUUCAAGUACACCGUUUGAGCCUCCGCAAGCUGCUUUGGUGGCCAUGAUGGGGGCGGUAAUCGCCCGGGAUAGUAUACCGUGGACAGAAGAAGAGCUGGGAAACAUAGUCAACACUCUCAACACCGAUUCCUGUUCGAUAAAUCAAUUCACUGCUCGAAUGCCCUGCCCCCACGACGCGAACUCUUUCGACCGCAUAGCAGAUGCUC